CAUACUUCAUAUCGGGCCAUGAGUGAUGGCGAUGUCUGCAGAGGCUUGCAGUACCACCGGUACGCAGAGCAACACUCGUAAGAAAGGCUUCGGCGCACCGGAUCGCAAUGGGUAUGUGAAAACACGCGUCACCCCGCGGUGCAGAGACCCGGACUGUGAAGCGUGGCUCAGGCUGAUGUUUAACAAACUCUGGAGUUCCCAGAGGGUCCGGAGGGCUGCGUGCGUUGGCUCGCUCUCCGUCUUCCUCGCCGCUCUGGUCAAAUGCGCAGGCUGGACAGCUGAGGCCAGCAGCAGCAGCAGCGCUGACAACACACUCUCGCCCUCACCGUCCCCCCUCCACUUUGUUUCAGACUGCGCAGCCGAGCUGUUGCAAACUUGCUGGAGUGCGCUGUCGUUGCUGUUUGCGCUCGUAUGUGCCUUCUUAUGGGUCGGCGUGUACUUGAUCCACUGCGGGGUGCUGAUCGAGACCCUCCUCUCCCUCCUGACCUUGUGUCACCUGGGCGAAGUGGCGGCGUGGGCUCUACUGGACGGGACAGAUGAGCAGCUGUUCUUGUCCGCCACAGCGGCCGGGGUUGUGCUCCUUUGCGCGGUCGCGGGAGUACUCAUGGUAGUUCGGUUGAACCAGGGCACAUCGGUGAUCGUUCUCAUCAGCGUGGCCAGGACUAUCUCGCUCCUCUCGCUGCACAAAGUGCGAGCCGCCUGGAGACCGUACGUGGCGUACCUGGUCGGAGUGCUGGGCAUCCUGCUGGCGAGGUAUGCUGACAGGCUCCUGCCUAAACAAGGGACACACAAGGAGGGCUGCAACCCCGUGACUGGAGCCAGGGAAGAGAUUCCUGUAUUUAAAAGGCGCAGGAGGUCCAGUUCAGUUAUAGCCUCAGACAUGGCACACAGUCAGUCCAACAGUAAGACACACCGACGGACCUCUCUGCCAUGCAUCCAGAGGGACCAGAUGCUUUCCCGUUCAGAAUGGGACCACAAGAGAGGCUCCCGAGGAUCACAGUCCUCCGGCACAACUGUGAUGGUGGACAUAGCGGUGAUGGGAGAGGCCCACGGACUGAUCACAGACCUCCUGGCCGAUCCCUCUCUGCCGUCCCACACCUGCACGUCGCUGCGAGCCGUCAGCAGCCUCCUAACCACCCAGCUCACCUUCCAGCCGCUUCACCGGCCGCGCCCCGCCCCCCUGCUCAUCCCCUGCGAUGCCUACACCUGUUCUGACUCAGAAGAGGGACCCGAGAAAGGGGAGAAGACGUCGAUACACAAGCGUCUCAGGCGGAGUCUCCACCCUGGCCUUCUGAGGAGGAUUUCUUCCACAUGGACGACCACCACCUCAGCCACAGGACUGCCCACCAUCGAGCCUGGGCCUGUUCGAAGGGACCGCAGCUCCAGCAUCAAACCGUACCAUGAAACACUGACAUGCAGUUGUGGGAGACCGUACAUCAGGCUGACCCACGGAGAGGGCUCUAUAGAUAAGGGAGACAGGACACCGCGAACAGAGGACCCUGUAGUUGUGUCAUCAGACUACGACAGCACCCAUGAAGUCAACCACAGUGACAGCAGUGAUGUAGCACAAACAGAGGACACAGAAAAGGGGAAAAACCCCUCCCAGAAUGUCAUCCUCCAUGCACUAAUACCUCCUGAGGACAAACCCAUUCUGGCACAAGAGCCAUUACUAAUGGAAGACCUGGAGCCUUUAAUGAGUCAAUUAAAUCAUUGGAACUUUCCUAUUUUCACUCUAAUGGAGAAGACAAAUGGAAAAUGUGGGAGGAUCCUUAGUCAGGUGUCUUACAGGCUCUUUGAGGACACUGGCCUGUUCGAGACCUUUAAGAUCCCCGUUAAAGAGUUCAUGAACUACUUCCAUGCUCUCGAGAGCGGCUACAGAGACAUACCAUAUCACAACAGGAUCCACGCCACAGAUGUGCUUCAUGCGGUCUGGUACCUCACCACGCAGCCUGUGCCUGGUCUACCCAGCCUCAUUAAUGAUCACAGCUCAGCCAGUGACUCGGACUCUGACAGUGGGAUAACACACAGUCACAUGGGCUUCCUGGUUUCAAAGACCUACACUGUGUCAGAAGAUGGAUAUGGCUGUCUGUCUGGCCUCAUACCCGCUCUGGAGCUGAUGGCACUUUAUGUAGCUGCUGCAAUGCAUGACUACGAUCAUCCUGGGAGAACAAAUGCUUUCCUCGUGGCCACCAGCGCCCCUCAGGCAGUGCUCUACAACGAUCGCUCGGUCCUGGAAAAUCACCACGCCGCCUCUGCCUGGAACCUCUUCAUGUCACACCCAGACUACAACUUCCUGGUCAACCUGGACCACGUGGAGUUCAAACGCUUCAGGUUCCUGGUCAUCGAGGCCAUCCUGGCAACGGACCUCAAGAAGCACUUUGACUUCCUGGCUGAGUUCAAUGCCAAGGUAGGCGAUGAUCCGUCAACAGGUGUUGACUGGUCUAAUGAGAAUGACAGGUUACUGGUGUGCCAGAUGUGCAUUAAGCUGGCAGACAUCAACGGGCCUUUAAAGUGCAAGGAUCUACAUCUGCAGUGGACCGAGGGCAUUGUCAACGAGUUCUAUGAACAGGGCGAUGAGGAGUCCAGCCUGGGGCUUCCUGUCAGCCCCUUCAUGGAUCGAGCAGCACCGCAGCUGGCCAAGCUUCAGGAAUCGUUCAUCACGCACAUUGUCGGACCGCUCUGUAACUCCUACGACUCGGCUGGCCUCAUACCUGGACGGUGGGUGGAGCCAGAGCCUGAGGAGGAGGAGCCAGAGAUCGCUGAAAGCGAGGAGGCAGAUGAAGACGGAUCCACCUGCUCUGACGCAUCGCAAAAAGCAGCUCCCAAGAAAAGGAGGAAAGUAUUUUGCCAGAUCACACAGCACCUGCUGGAAAAUCACAAGAUGUGGAAGAAAGUGAUAGAAGAGGAAUCCCAGAAUGAGGAGCAAGGAACAGAGUCCGCCCAUUUCAACAAAGUCGCUGAGCCGAUUCUGGCUAUUGAUGAAGAAGAGGAGGAGUCGGGCAGCAGGGAAGAGCAAGUGGAAGGAGAGCAUUGUGAGGAGGAGACAGAGAAAGCAGAGUGGCACGUCUCUGACAGGGACGACUCUCAGACUCCAGAGGAGGGAGGGGACAGCGAACCACAGUGAAACCUCUAAACUCCAGACACCCUCAGAUAGAGACGCAGCAUCAGUCAGGAUAAGGAUGUAAAGAAAUGUUCCUUUUGACCUUAUCCUACUGACUCUUGUUUCUGCCAGCACAUUACUUAGACACAACACUGUAGAUGUUUGGGAAACGCGUGCCUACAGAGAAGAAAAAACAAAACAAACAAACAGGGUGGGAAAUUUUGUGCUUUACAUAUUUAAUCUGAAUAUGUGGUUUUACCAAACAUUUAUAUGGGUUUUUCUUUUCCCACAUUGCAAUAAUACAUUAUUCAUGGACUUUGAGAUACAGACUAUUUUCCUACUGUCAGGAGUUGAAGACAAGCAGUUGCAUAGGUUUUAACAAAGUGUGGUAACACAGGACUGCAGAAAAUUGCUGCCAAUUUAUGCAGAAUUAUUUCCCGAAUGUGAUUAUAUAUUAACGUCACCAUCACAUGCUUGUGUUUUGAUUGUAGCUCAACUUUUUCAGUUUAAACUGUGCUAGCUUAUGUUAUUUUUUUUUUUUUUAUCCACACAUGGAUUGUAAAAGGACUGAUUUACACAAUAAUCUUCUUCCUUUCAACCCUUGACAGAAAUAAUCCCUCACUUGUGGGUUUUAGCACCCAAAGUCAAAUAUCUAUAAAUAUUAUGUUUGAUGUUUAUUGCCAAAUGAGGUACUUAAUGCCGUCAUGUAGAGAUACGUCUCAGAAAUGCAGAGACAGCUCUGAAAUGUCUCUUUGCGUUGGCAUUUGUGUGUUCCUCAGUUUUUACUCUAAUGUACACAUUUGUUCUCCAGAAUGCAGAGGGAGGAAAAAAAGUCAGAUUAUUCCAUUUUUAAACUACAGUAAACCUGAUGUCAAAGACACAACUGUUUUACAGCAUUGCCUGUCAAGAGUAUUCAUACGCCUUUAACUGUUUCCUACCACGAUGACAAACUCGCUUCGGUCAGACCAAAGUUAAACUUGAAUUAAACAUGCAAAACACUAUUUGUGACAGGAAAAAAUAAUGCUGCAAUGUCAGCCUGAAUCCCAUCCACAUAGUGCAACAAAUAAUGGUGGCAGCAUCAUGCUGUGAGCCAUUUUAUUCCUCCAUUAGUUAAGGAAGUCAUGAAAAGAUGAAUAGAAAAACAGUAUUCUUGGGAAUGGGACUAAACUGUUACAAUCUAGCCAGAGCCAAACUAAAAUGGUUUAAGUCAAACACAUCAGAGUUCUUUAACCUAUCUGAUGGAGAAAGAGGAAUUGGAAAAGGAGAUUCUACAAAACAUGGACUGGAAUUCAAUAUAAGUUAACACCACAUUUUUCUCAUUUUUAAUUACGCAAAAAAAAAAAGAAGAAAAUUCAGUGAAAUUUGGGGCCAUAAUUAAUAGAUUAAAUCUUAACCAUAGAAAAGAAAUGCUGUCCGUUUCAACACGUUUCUGAAAAAAAGACAGUAAUUGUAUGACAAUAAAAAAAAUUUUUACACAGAAUUUUUUUUUUCUGUAGAAAAUUUUUUAUAUAUAUUUUUUCGUUGUUUUUAAUUUUAGAGAAAAAAAAAGACAGGACAACAAUCUCUUAAUUAAGUGAGCUGUCACAAACAAGAUCUAAAUUCAGUCACAUUGUUGCCAGAAAUUAAUAAUCCUUGAGAGAUUUUUCAGAAAAGCUGUUCCAGAUCUUGUCCAGAGCCGGAACCAGUUUCAGUUCUAAUUUUCCACAGCCAGAGAAACAGCUUUGUUCUGCUUUGCUAUGCCACAAAAAAUCUGUAGAAGACCACAGUGCAGUGAGUAACUUAAACUAUGUUAGUCACAUAAUAUAUCUCUGUACCCCUGCAAUUAAAUCCCCAAUGUCCCUAACCUAAGAGAUAAACAUUGUUUUAACCAAGUCAUGUACUGUAGUUGUGAACUGUGGCUCUCUGAUCUACAGUUGUGAAUUACACACUGCCUUUAAAAGAGAACUCAUCAAAAAUUACCUUUUGUAAGUCACACACAACAUAGAUCAGCAAAUUGUGAAACCGUGUUUGCCAGUGCAAAUAGCGAUGGUGAAUAAAACGCAAGCAUUGUAUUGACUCACAUGUGACUCCAUGAUGCGCGAUAGCAAAACUAAAAGCUGAAAGAUGACUCAAGAUGUUCAAAUGCUUGUUCAGUCUUAGAUUCAUGUCAAAGUUUAGAUCUGAAACCUGAAGUAAGUUUGGAGUUUUUACUUGGCCCAAUUAAGUGUAAGUCCAAGUGUCACUUAUCUUAGACAGCACCAGAGUUUUGGAGCCGGAAACAGAAAGAGUUGGUGCUGAGUGAGCACCAGAACCGCUGUGGUGGAAAACAAGCUAAAGCUAAAGUUUAUAUUAAAACGGUACUGAGUCAUUCUUCUGAACUGGUGUUCAGAAAUGGCUCAGCAUUUUUGGGAAGUCAUCUAGUGACCAAACUUGAACAGGAGAACAUAAAGUUCUUAAUUUAAAACUUAAAGACCAAUACAAGGAAUGAACCAACUAAAUUACAUGCUGAAGGUUUUAUGGGAGUUGUUUGUCAUUUUUUAUUUGAUUAGAGAUGUUUACACUCUUUGAAUGGGAGUUCUUUGAAGUCUGUCAGAUUUCACUUACAGGUACUUUUAGCUUCAUCCGUCUUUUAGAUUAAUUAUGUAAUCGGACUCAAGGUGCUGAGUUUUAUUUUUUUUUCUAAAGUAAAUCUUAGCUACUGACACUGGUUGUUACCCUCAGGGAAACUACAUCUGUAUCACAUUUAAAGACAAACACGUCUUUGAAAGGCAAAGAACAACUAAAGACACUUACCGUGUCUUUGUGCAGUGAAUCUGUUUGAUUCUCCUGGCACCUCAGGGACUCGUUCAUUCUCCUACAGUUCACAGCAGACAGCAUGCUGACAACACAGGCUGGUCAGAGCUUCACAGCAAACAUACGCAACAAAGUUUUAAUUGUACUUAAAGUUAAUAAAAUCUACUGUGGCGUCUUAUUCAGAAGAGAGCUCAGACAAAGCACAUUUUGUGUGACUAAAGCCAAGAAAUCUCAUACAGUCCAUGUAGUCUCUUAAAAUAGGCCUGAAACUUCAUUAGAAACCGUUCUACCUUGUGUAGAGAUGCUUGGACAACAUGGUUAUCUGACUUUUAGUUUUAGCACCACCAAUGUAGUGAAUUGUUUUCAUUGUCUAAGCUCACCUGGUUCUGUUGCGCAAACCCCCCAAUAAAUGUCAGGUAUUUGUCAGCUAUUUGCAUAACCUUAAAAAUUUGGUAUAAAACAUGGUUUAGUUGUAGUGAUAAUCAUGGAUGCUUCUCUUGCCUCUGUUAGGAUGGAUGUGUAUUGGGAGAAAUGGUUUCCCACCAGCAGUUGUCAGGGGAUACGAUUAUUGAAGUGAAGUGCUGUUAAAAGGCUAUAAUCAGUUAAUAUCACUUUUGGCAUAAUUCCAGAUAAUGUGCUAUAAAAAUUUUUUAUAGAAAUAUUUAAAGUCAUUUAAAGACAAUGGAAAUCUGUUAACAUCCGUUAAUCUUGAUUUAUAAUGAAUGAAUACAUCUUUAGAGUUUUCUAAUACAGAUAACACUUUACCCUUUUAACAGAACCUCAUGUAAAAGAAAUCCUCAGCUAUCCUUUUGAGGAAAUUUUAAAAAACAACCCAUUCAUAAAUUUUAGUUUUGCUCCUGGAAUACAAGUUUUGAAAACAUUUCCCUCAAUUUAUUAUUAUUAUUUUUUUUUUUUUACAAAGAAGGAGCCACAACAAACAAAACAAAGAAAAACAAGUAUUUAGGGAUCAAAAUUGUGGAAGACCUGUAGCUGUAAUCUGGGUGCAAAACAUAAUUUAAAGUUGAAUGGAACAACAUUUGGUAACACUUCAUUUGAAGGGGUUUGCAUAAGACUGACAUGACACCAUCAUAAAUAUGACAUGUUCAUAACAGACACCUGUUAUGAACAUGAAGGAGUCCUUAUGAAUGUUUAUGACUACUGUCAUGAUGUGUCAUUUGGUAAAUAAUGGCACCUUUAAUGCAAAGUUGCUUUACAAGUAACAUUACAAGUCCAUUAGAAGUGCCAACUUUGCAAUAUUUGGUAAAUAAUGACACUUAAAUGCAAAUAUGACAUUUUAAAGCAACUUUGCAUUAAAAGUGUCAUUAUUUACCAAAUAACACUUCAUGACACAUGAAUGCAGUCACAAACAUUCAUAAAGACUCCAUGUUCAUAACAGGUGUUACGUCAUGUUUAUGACAGUGUCAUGUAAGUCUUAUGCAGAGCCCUUCAAAUAAAGUGUUACCAAAGAUUCUUAGAAGACCUCUCUGUUGAUUUUAUGCUUAUUUGUUUGAUUUUAGACAUGUUUCUUUUCUAUGAGGGAACAGAAACAAUCACCCACAUUAUAAGUUUUAUAAAGAUGGUCGAUUAAAAAAGCUAAAUUCUUUUUUGAAAUGUCUCCAUCUACUGCUAAGUGCUUUGCUCUGUUUCAGGGGCUGAAACACAAGCAUCACAUCAAGUGGGUUUGCGAGUCUCAAUACCACAAAUGCCAGCCUUUUGUAAUGCAGUGCUUCAAAAUGCCUAUUAAUUUUGUGCAUUCCCUGGUCCCUGGUGAUCACACAAUGGGAGCUGUGUGUACAUGUUUGGAUAUCAGGCAGGAGGCCAGACCAUUGUUAGAUGUUUCAGUGGGAAAGCUCAAACUUUAACCCCCUUCUUUAAGCGAUUUGAUGCAAAGGUUUCCAUGCACAAUUUACUCCCAUAAUCUCAAUCCAUUUAACGUAUCUUCAGGACUUAUAACAGCACACAGUAGAUUAUGCACCAACAUGUUUUUUCACCACACAAUCAUGCUAUCUGUGUUGAAUAGGCAGUUCAUGAACAAUGGUCUCUUUGCUACCGUCCUGACUCUGCAGCAGUGGGUGCUACUCAGAAUGGAGGCCACACACAGGCUUGAUAAUUGGCUGACCUACCGAUUAGUCUGGCAUCACACAUGUUUGCCCUCCGGCCUUUUAUCAGGUCGCAAUUGUUUGAAGCCACUGAAUCAUCCAGUGUUUUCCUAACCCUUUGCAUCUUUCUGUUUGCAGAAUUAAAUUUUUUGCUUUGCUGAUUUGUCUCAUACCAAAUGAGCCACAACCAUCGCUAAACAGACAAAAGCCACAUUUCUUUUAAUCUUAGAAAAUCUUUAUAUUAGAAUGUUUAAUCUUUUUUCAAUUGAUCCACUGGCCCUUUGAAUGUGACUGUCCAAUGUUGUACUGCUGUGGUGGGGGAUUUUAGUGGGAAUACAUGAGGUGAUGAAGGUCGAACAGACGCAGUAAGCAGUUUUUAAUUCCUUGCACAUGCUCCGCUCAGAUAGUUAUCCCCCAAAGCUCCCGCAGUAUGUCGCUCCUAGUGCUUCCUCUUUGAUCUGCACACUUCCUUUUCCUCGCUGAGUAAAGCAGCAGAGCUUUCGCUGCACAGCUUCAAAAGCUCAGACAUGAAGGCAUUCUGACUCUGUCUGUGGUGUUCAUUUGUUCAUCAUCACUUUAUUUUAAGACAGAUCGAUAUAUGCAUUUUCCCGCCUCAGAAUAUUUGCUUUUGAGUUGAAACAUUAUAUCUGUUUUAUAGUGUUACUGCUUUUGUUUGAUUGUCAUGAUUAUUCACAAGUGUAAGAUAAUUGUAACCGUUUGAACCAAACAAGCUUUACAAUGAUGUAAACAAAAUGAAAUGAGUAUUUUUAUAUAGCUGACACGUAAUGAAACAAUGACUUGCUUUUUUUUGUUUCCUCACUAGUACUCUUCACUUACCACACUAUACUAAAGGAAGACUACGUCCAAAUUCACAGUAUUUGUGGAAGUAAAUUAAUGAAUCUCUGUGAAGGUUGAUGCUCCGUUUUGUACAAUAUAUGCUGUACAGAUAAAGAAAUUUUAAAACUACAAAAACUCUUUUAGAUAUACAUUAUUUAUUUUUACCGUUUUGUAAUUUAGACACUAUACUGUAGCUUCAAUAUUGCCGGACUUACUGGAAGUGCCUAUAUUGGUAUUAUGUAUCAUACAGUGAAUAUAUUUGGAGAUCAUAGACUUCGUCACAGACUGAACCAGUGUGGAUGUUGUAAUGUGAAUACAUUGAAUUACAAAAUUACAGUUUCUGUGUUUA